AUGCUGGUGAACGUCCUCUGGCCUUUCGUCCCAGCUGCGAUUGCACUUCACUUCGCUCGACCGGAUCUUCAUGUUUGGGUAUUUGCCCUCAACUAUAUCGCAAUGGUACCUUCAGCGAACUUGCUUGGCUUUGCGGGCGGCGAGCUAGCCAAAAAGCUGCCCAAAGUAUUUGGCGUCCUGCUGGAGACGUUUCUCAGUUCUGUCGUGGAAAUAGUCCUUUUCAUGGUCUUGAUCCACAAGGACAAGGGAGGCAAUCUGAUCCCUGUCAUCCAAGCCGCCAUUCUAGGCUCGAUCCUGGCAAACCUCCUUCUCUGCUUAGGCCUAUGCUUCUUCUUUGGAGGCAUUGGGCGAGAAGAUCAAUCAUUCCAUGAGGCCGUCAGCGAAGUGGGCUCAGGACUCCUUCUAGUGGCAGGGUUCGGCCUUCUGAUCCCGAGUGCUUUCUAUGCGACUUUAAAAAGCAAUGCAUCGCAUACACAUGUACAAAUCUCGACAGAAACACUGAAUCAGUCUACACUGAUUAUCAGUAGAGCCACAGCCGUCAUACUCCUAGUCGCUUUCAUCAUGUACCUCUUCUACAACCUCCACAGCCAUCAUAGCAUAUUCGACGAAGUCCUUGAAUUCGAUGAGCAUCUGGAUGAAGAUCGUGAACAGGAAAUGAAGCGCGCAAAGCUUACGUUGAUUGAAUGCUUUGUGGCUAUUGCAAUAUCUCUCGCAUGCGUCUGCAUGUCGGCCGUCUUCCUGGUGGAGGAAAUAGAGGAUAUUGUGAAUGAGAGAGGUGUAUCUGACAAUUUUAUGGGCCUUAUUCUUGUGCCACUUGUUGAGAAGGCAGCAGAGCACUUGACUGCUAUUGAUGAAGCUUGGGACAAUCAGAUCAAUUUUGCACUCUUUCAUUGCCUGGGUCCCUCGAUCCAGACUGCGCUGUUGAACGCGCCGCUCGCAGUCAUUGUCGGCUGGGGUAUUGACAAGGAUAUGGGUCUGAAUUUCGAGAUCUUCAUGAUUGUUUUGGUCGUUUUGUCCAUCCUAGUUGUUGGAAACUUUCUUCGAGAUGGAAAGUCCAACUAUCUGGAAGGGGGGCUCUGCGUUCUGGUCUAUGUUAUUAUCGCUGUCACUACAUGGUACUACCCUCAGAUUGUAGCGGAGGGUGAGUCUGAGGCGUGA